AUGCUGCUGUACCUGCCCCCCCUGCUUCUCCUGAUGGGGCUGUCUGCUUGCACUGUGGCAGGUGACAGGGAACUGGCACUUGAUGCUGAAGCUGGGUCCUGGGUGACCGUGACCCCGGAGGAAGAUGUUGUGCCCAGCAUUCAGCUCCAGCUCUGGGAAGUGAAGAAGGGCAAAGUGAGCCAGUUCUUUGGACUGAUGGGGAAGCAGGUGGGAGGAAUACCUCCCAUCCAGCCAGAGAGAAGAGGGUAUCAGCGAGGACCAGUAGUCCAGGGCCACCUGGGCAGGGGAGGACCAUCUACAGAAGGCCAAGAGGAUGAGGACCACUGGUCAGAGUGA